CGCAUCAGGUGCUAUCGCCGCAUUCGGCAAACGAGAGACGGCUCCCUUCGCCCGCAACCGACAAACUUGUUGCCCGCCAAGUUGUUUCGCCCGCCUUCCGUCGCACGUCGCCACCGCCGCAUAAUUAUUUUUUGUGCGUGUUUUCCGACGUUUGUUAUCCUUGCUCGCCUCCCCCCUUUCACUCCCCCUCUCAGUUCUUUUCUCUUAGAGCGUUUAGUAUUUCCGUGAUCGCUCCUCGCUUCCCGCCUCAGGAAAGGCGGCAACUUUAUCGUACAACACGUCGUGUUCUUGCCAGUCGUCCGGCCCUCUUUUUUGCUUCUAUUUUCACUAGGGGUUGGAAAAAAAGAAACGAACGAAGCUGUAACGCCGUGAACGAGUCGCCGCCUGGGUCCCAGAGUGUCACGUAGUGCUUUCUGCUCGUCUUUUUUUAAUUUUUACUAUUCUCCCCGGUGUCGUCUGCUAUCCCGGUCACCGGCAGUUGUAGUCUGCUGCUGUGGCCGCUGCUUCUGCUGCACCCAACAACAAGACCGGAGUGACCGCGCGGAACCCGGUGUGUUCGCCUCUGUAGAUGUUGUGUGGGACUGUCUACUAUCUGGAUGUUGUCGCGUUGCGCGAUCGGUAGUGGCCGGACGCACUAGUGCAAAGUGCAGUUGCACCCAGCGCGUGAACAGCGCCGAACCGUCUGCUAGCAAUUUCUCCUGGUACCUUGAACGUAGCGAAGUCGAAUGGGAAACAUGAUGCAUCACCGGCACGACAACGCCAUUCCCUGCCACGGGACCCUGUCCGAUUGCGUCUUCUGCUGCGUCUUCCUCACGGCCUUCUCGUCGGCGGUGGUGUUGAACUCGUCGCCGGCGUACAAUGCGGUCGGCAGCCGGCAUCACCCGGCGGCGGUGUACACGUCGUCUGCGUGCGACGACUGCGCCGCACGCAAGCUGGCAGAACAGGCCAACAGCGAGGAGUACCGGUACGCCCGCAUAGAACUUAUCAAGCAGCAGAUACUGAAGAAACUUCGUCUGAAAGAGCCGCCCAACGUGCGGAUACCGAAGUCCGUGCUGCCUUCCGUCCUCGCCGACAAGGAGGUCCUCCUGUCGCAGACGACGCCGGCAGCAGACGAUGAGAGAAACUCUCGACCCCGGGAGGACUACUACGGCACGAUGCAGACGGCAGUGAUCUUUCCGCACAAUGAUUCCCACGACUGCGUCUCAAGGAGCCAGCACCUGGGCAGCUGCUUCGUCUUCCACCUGAGCACCGAGCUGACGAGCCGCAGCGUGGCACACGCCGAGCUCUGGGUCUUCAAGGACCUGGACCCGUCCGCCACCUCGGCCGUCAACCACACCUUCGUCGUGACCGAGCUGUCCGUGACAGACUCGCACCGCAGCAACCGGCACCACUCCCACCAGCCGGUGCUCCACAAGCGCAUCGUCGCCUUCGAGAGCAGUUCCCCGAGACCCGAGUGGCUCCGGUUCGACCUGACCGACGUCGUCGAGCGGUGGGCGGGCCGUCGCAACAGGCCCCGGACGCUGGAGAUCAGCUGCAAGACGUGCGGCAACCUGAGGAACGCCCUGCCGUCGGGAACGCCCGUGGGUACGAGCGGGGACAAGCAGCCCUUCCUGGUGGUGCGCACGGACCCGAACGCCCCGGGGGCCCACUCCCGUUCCAGGCGCAGCGUGGACUGCAGCACGUCCAUAUCGCGCUGCUGCCGCGAGUCCUUCUACGUGUCCUUCAAGGAGAUCGGCUGGGACAGCUGGAUCAUCCAGCCGGCCGGCUACUCGGCCAACUUCUGCCGGGGCUCGUGCAUCCACGACAUCAGCGUCAACAAGUACCACCACACCACGGUGCUCCAGAGGUUCCUGCACAGCGCGGCGGCGGCGGGCGUCAACGACACGCUCAAGCUGAGCCUGUGCUGCACGCCCUCGCGCCUGUCCUCCAUAUCGCUCAUCUUCAUCGACGACGACCAGGUGCUCAAGCAGAAGAGCCUGCCCAACAUGGUCGUCGAAGCGUGCGAGUGCGCGUGACCGUCGGUGCGCGGCGACAUCUUUAGGUUAAAAAGUAAAAAAAGACUCAUUCCUUUCCAAACAGAGCUGUUGGACUCGUGCUUAGCUGGGGUGCUCGCUCUUCUUUUGUGAGUGCGAGGCUGAGAUGGACUUGCCUUGCGAGCGCCCCCCCCCCCUCCUCCCGAUGCAGUAGUAUUUAGGAAAGGUCCUCAAGGUGUGCUUUCUCAAGUAACAGACAUUCGCAAGGGCUUAUUGCAGCGACGAAUAUGCGAAGUCAUUCGUGGCCUUGUGCACAAGGUCCACUUUAGCGACAGAUACAAAAAUGUGCGAAAUUAUGUUCCUUCGAAUUUCUCCUAAUGUUGAAACCGCUACCAAAGGAUUCCAUUCGACAAAAAGCGUUGUGUCGGUCGUGGGCAUCAUUUUUCUAACAGUGGAAUCUCAGAUUCUUGGGACACCUUAUUCCUUCCUAGAUAACGAUAUCAUCAAUGUGGAUCUCCUCGCAUAAAGCGCCGAGGUGAAUGACUGCUGAGCUGAAAACGCCUCUAACCAAAUUUCUCGGAGUGCCUACGCCGUCCGCUGGCGUUAACUGCGAGAAGUGCGCUAUUCUGGUACAGCGGAACCUUGUUGUUUGGUACCCAAACGCUCCGAUGCCCUCAUCUUGCGCAAACAUUUCGCUUCUUUAGUGUCGAGCGAACUCUCGGCUUAAACACGCAGAAAAAAAGAAAGAAAUGCGCAAACAGAGGAAAACAGCGAAGACUUUGAUCUCGAUCUUCCGUUGACGACCGCAUUCUUGCCAGCAAGGCCGUUGCUCCUCCAGGCACUACGCCUAUCUGCCAUUAAAGAAAUACAAACAAAGAAAAACUUCGAGAAAACAACUGCGGUACAACACAGAUAAAUAAGAGACAGGUUCGCGGACAACAAAAAAAAAAUGCGAGACGCAGGGCGCAGGAUUCCCGCCUCGGCAAUCUCAGGUUCUCGUUUUCGGCCUCGAUGACCCGAGGACGCCGUACGCGACGCGAGAGACAGGAAAGAACGCAUCCGAAGGACGCAGACGCGCGCGCACACACGCACACAGACAUCCACGCACAUGCGCACACGCACGAACACGCUCAGCAAAAGCCAGGCACGCAGACCACACGCGCACGUGCGCGAACGCGCUCGCUGCGACCCAUCCCGCGGGCCACAGAAGCCGGCAGCGGUCGCAGUCGCGCGUUAUCUCGAUCUGGAAAUGUGUUGUGCUCACUCGUAACUAGAUCUCUCGGUAUGAAGCGGCGGGUGGCGAGAGAAGAUGAAGCCGUGUAUCUCUCUAAAAAAAAAAAAAAAAAUUUGAGCCCUUCGCAUAUACGCUGCCGUCGGCGGAGUUGUUUCUCGGUUGUUCCUCGAACACCCCACGACGCCGCUACCGCCUCCUUUUCCGCCUAGAUGGCGCGCUUCCCGUGCGCGAGUGCCUCGCACGAUGGAACCUUUCCGCAUGACUCCUGCGUUUCGGCUGCACAGACUCUGCGCUGAGGCCGAGGACGUGGUCCCCCCCCCCCCCCCGCCCCCGAGGACGUGGUCCCCCCCUUCUGCCUCUUCCCUUAUCGCCUCUUAAUUCAUCUAUCCUUCUGCCCCUCAGGAAGGGAAGCUGCAUCGCCGCAAAGAACGAUACGUUGUAAGCUGUUUUCGCCGUCCUGCCGACCGCUUCGCAACAAACUUUUCGCUCGCUCGUUCGCUCCGGCGCCUGAUGACGUCGAAUGUUAUCGGGACAAAUGGUAGCAGGUGGAGAGAGUAGAAAUGACACGCUUUUACGGCCUGUCUUUUUCUUUUUCUUUCUUGUCUUAAAGCACCGCUCUCUUCGGACCCAUCCUGUUCGCAGUCCUUUGAGAUCGUUUCACACGAGUACAUAUAUAUACCUUUGUUUUUCAUACUCUAGUCCUUUCAAACAUUGUGAUGUCUGUAGUUAGCACUUCAUCUCUCCUUUCAUGUUACUUGCGCUGCGAGCUCUCCUAGUGGGUUACUUGCGCGGUGAGUUCUCCAUUCUUAACUAAUAGGUCCCAUUUUAUCAAUUUUUGUUUUGUCUAAGACUCUAAGACAAUUGUAUUUUUCUCAGCUCAUCAGGUCUGCGCAACUUCGCAACAUACACACUGCAUCGCUUAGGCGUUGCCGCUGAAGAUUACUAUGAAUUUCUAUCGAGCCCGUCACACAGCUUUGACUUCAGUACCCUCUGAGGCUCAGUAAGCAGUGUUGUGCAGGAAUCGCUCGCGAUUCCAUAGACGCUUCCUUGUAAGUUUCCUUUACCCUGUUCCAACCCAGAAUCCCAGAGUUGGGAACCUAUACCUGACACUGCUUUUCGGUUUUAGGCUUUCUGUUUUCUUGUUUUUACUGAUUCUGGUUGACUCAUUUCUAGAGUUAACACUUUUGCUGCGACUUUGGUUAAUCUUUACGACGCAAGACAGAACAAUCACGAAGUUUUUCUUCACUUAGGUCAUGUAUUUUAUCUCUUAGCAUUUUUUGUCCCAUUUCCUGUGCGGUUGUAGAAAAAAAAGCGCGAAUUAUUUAUGUGGUGUGCGGAGAAUGUAUUUAUACAGCGAAUGACUUCUCUGUUCUAUCUUUCUUUAGUUUUUGUAUGCCUGACAGAGAAGACGAGUGUUUCCUGUGUGUGUGCCUACGUGUGCGUCUGUAAGUUCGUUGAUCGCACGUCUCGCAAAAAAAUUCACGAAUAAAGUAUAUUAUUCCAUUUC